AUGCAAGAGCAUUUCCCAACUAUUUUACAGUUAUUAAUCGCAGCUGCCGCAUUGAUUUUCCACUGCGUCGCCGAUGUGGCGCACAUAAAUCAAGCGGCGCCUAAGGACGUACUGGUGCCAUUCAAUGAUUUAUUGCCGCCACCACUAGAGGAGUCCACAACGGAGGCCUCGACGCCAGCUACAAAGCCCACCAAAAAGUCAUACUAUCAGCAGCAGCAGCAGGCCAGAACCAAGGAGACGGUCAUCAGGGCUGAGCUGCCAAGCGCCAAGCAGCCUGCGCUCGCCUUGGAUCUGUUGCCGCCCUUCGCUGAGGAUGUGGUGCAGCCACAAGUGGAGGCAGCCAGCAGCAGCAGCAUCAGCAAAACCACCGUCGCCGCCGUCACUACGCAGCAACCACCGUUUGUAAGCAGCACUAGCGCGCGCAGCGUGCCACAUGUUGCCCAGCCGCAGCAGCUGAGCGCACGCGUGGAAGCCAGAACCAACAGCAUUGAUAGCGGAACCUCCGGCUCUUCGCGCUUCUCGUCCGAGCUCAUCCGUCAGUAUGCAACAUAUUUUCAGUCCACAACGCCGCGUCCGCCGCGCGGUCCGCUGCCAACGCUAACGCCCUUUCCUCGUCAUAUAAAAAUCUAGUAAAUUAAUUAAAUUAGUUAAGCGCAAUGCAACAAUAAAAUUAAAUUAAAACCAUACAAAGAAGCCAAGAACCUGAAUUGAACAUUUUUUAAGUUGCUCUUUUAUUUAUUAGCAACAAUUAAAUUCUUCACUUCGUGCAAAAGCUCAUAAUUAAAUGAGACAAAUGUGCAUAAAUGUAUGCAAAAGAGAAAUUAGGCGAGAAGCAAAAAUUAGUCAGUGCAUAUUUUACAAAAAUAUGCAUUUAAAAAAAUUUGUUAUAAAUUGACACAAAUUUGAGCCUAAAAUACAAAAAUUAUAGAAUUUUGUAGCUAAUGACAAUUACCAGUCUAGUCCAUCGAUCAUAUGACAAAUGAAUGCAUGAUUAAUUCUGUUGUAGGAGUGAAAAUAUAAACCAAUAAUUUACACUACGCUUGCCCUUAUGAUCGCGGUUCAAAGAAGCUGAAUUGGUUUUUUCUCUUUAGGGCGAUUUCGAAAGAUUAAGGCAGUCUGAUUAGGCUGGCACUGGAACAUCUGGUUUCUUUCACAACCCUACGUAUUGGCAUUUAGCUCUAGAUCCUCAGUACCUUCCUUUCCACUUGAAGCCUAGAUCUUGAUCUAGGCUUAGCAUAGAUUAUCUUUGCGUUAGUUCGAGUUAAAUAAAUAUAGUUUUAGCUCCUACGAAGAGAAGUUUUGGUUUUGGUUUGGCUCAGGCGAAGGUAUUAUUUUUGGGUUUUAUGUACAAAAUGUACAGCAAUUGGGCAUAUUUAAUAGCAAGGUUUCGUACGUGCUUAACUUAAACAACGCGUUUCAAAUAGUCAAAGUAUUCAUUCGUGCUAGAGAAUUUGCGGAAAACAAAAUUUAUCACGCCGCCGCGUUUAAUUAAUUGCCCGCGGUAAAUAACUUUGCCGAUGACGCCGGUCGACACUGAAAGCCUUUUUGGCUACUGGCUAAAACAAGCCCGCAUAUACAAAUGUAGAUACAACUAACAGAACAAAUACGAAAUUCUUGUAGUUGCACACAGACACCGACAAGCUGUCAAGUGCUAAUUAUUGCCCUCGCCCUGACGUGUUUGAUGUCAAUGUUGUUGUUGUUUGGGUGUUUCUGUUGCUGCCGUUGAUGUUGAUGAUGUUGCUGACAUUCGAGCUACC